AUGGUUCGAGCCACGCUGAUCCUCUCCGCAGUCUUGACCGUGGGCAUGCUGGCCUGGGGAGCGCUUUGUGCGCCGACUCCCCUUGUGCUUCCGCACGCGAGCAUGGAGAUGAUGCCAGAUGCCCAGAAGCUUUGGCGCAGCGUCACGCAGGGCAACAUCCUGCCGGGCACUCUGCACAGUGUGAAUCCCGAGGUGGGUGUCACGGCGCGCUGGCACGAGUUUCUCCGCAGGGACGGUCGUGCUACUUUGGCGUUCAUUGUCGAGGAGCUGAAAGACAUCCACGGGGUUGCUCAGCGCCAGCGUCAGGACUUCCUCGGGCAGACAUUCCGAAGCUUCAUAGAGGGCCGCUACGGUAAACCGACGAUGGCCGUGUCCGAGAGGAGGGAGCAGUUUGUUGCGCGCCGACUGGUUAAUGCGUUUGUCGAGCAGCACUAUCCUGCGAACCAGCUGCGAUGGGGAAGAACAGGACCGAGUUUCAUUUCGCUCAGAAGACUGGCGGAUGUUGCGGUAAGCCAGGAGGCUGAAAGGUAUCUCGGACACGUCAGAGGACCCAGCGGCGCUGGGCAGCAUCCCGACUCUGGAGAGGGUAGCGAUCAAUCGUGGUAA